AUGCUUAAGAGGUGGCUGCUGGCCCUGCUGGCCCGUGUUUGGGUCAUCGUGUUGCUCUUCUGCUGCUGUCUGACCCUCUUCUACCUCCUGGCCUGUAAGCCGGCAGCUCCUUACAGCCACCAGUCUCUGCUGUGGUCCGGGGGGGCCGCCAGUAAAGAGGUCUACAUGGCCUUACUGCAGGAGAGAGAGGACUCUCACAGACAUUACAUCAACAGCCUGACCAAGCAGAUAGCCCAGCUGAAGGAGGCCCUGCAGGAGAGGACCCAGCAACUACAGGAUUCCCUGGAGAAGGCCAAGGCCAAAGGGGUCCUACCUCUGGGACUGGAUAGCCUUCACAAAAGCCCCACACAGUAUGACCUCAAGGAAUUCUUCCGCUCCCAGCUGAACAAGGCUGAGGUGAACACGGGUAUGAGGUUGCCCAGCGAGUACGCAGUGGUUCCUUAUGACACCUUUACUCUGCAUCGCGUGUACCAGCUGGAGACGGGACUGACAAAACAUCCCGAGGAGAGGCCUGUGAGGAAGGACCGCAGGGACGAGUUGAUCGGCACUCUGGAGACGGCUCUGCAUGUCCUCAAUGGACCGUACCAACACAGUGAUGCCGCCAGACGCAAGCGCACAUACUCCCCAUCAGAUUUCGUACAGGGGCUGACUCGCACAGAGAGGGACAGAGGAACAGUCUAUGAGCUGAUGUUCAAAGGUGAGAGGCCGCAGGACUUCACACAGCUGGUGUUCUUCCGGCCCUUCGGCCCCGUGAUGAAGGUGAGGAGCGAGAGGGUGGACACACGCUACACGCUCAUCAACAUCAUCGUGCCUCUGUCCAGGAGGAUGGACACAUUUCGGCAGUUCAUCAGCAACUUCAGAGAGGUGUGCAUCCGGCAGGAUAGCAGGGUCCAUCUCACCGUGGUCUACUUCGGUCGAGAUCAGAUAGAUCAGGUGAAAACCGUGCUGGACCAGACCACCAGGGAGACUCGGUUCAGAAACGUCACCUUGAUCCAGCUGAAUGAGGAGUUCUCUCGGGGGCGGGGCUUAGAGGUGGGGGCUCGGGCCUGGAGGCGGAGCCACAAUGUGCUGCUCUUCUUCUGUGACGUUGACAUCCACUUCACCUCCGACUUCCUGACGUCCUGUCGACUCAAUGCUGAGCCAGGCAAGAAAGUGUACUACCCAGUGCUCUUCAGCUUGUAUAAUCCAUCAGUCAUCUACAAAAAUCAGACACAUCUUCCUCCUAUUCAACAGCAAUUGGUGAUAAUGAGGGAAACUGGGUUCUGGAGAGACUUUGGGUUUGGUAUGACGUGCCAGUACCGAUCUGAUUUUAUCAACAUAGGGGGAUUCGAUCGCAGUAUCAAAGGCUGGGGGUUGGAGGAUGUACACCUGUACAGGAAGUACCUUCACAGUAAACUGAUGGUGAUCCGCUCUCCGUCUCGUGGCCUUUUCCAUUUGUGGCACGAGAAGCGUUGUGCAGAUGAGCUGCCUCCGGACAAGUACAAGAUGUGUAUGCAGACCAAAGCCAUGAGUGAAGCCUCGCACGGCCACCUGGGAGAGCUGUUCUUCAGAGGGGACAUCGCAGCCCAUUUGGCCUCUCAGAGGCAAGGACACUGA